CCGCAACGCGAGACAUCGGACUCAGAGCCUCGCAAUACAUCACCCAAGUCAACAGCGAUCAAGUCCUGCGAAAUUAGGUAUGGCCAACGCCGGUACCGAACCCGUUCCUUCCGUCAAAGAUCUGGCGAGUAGUGAGCCAUCGGUACGACGAUCAUGUUUCAAGACUCUCAUAACCCACCUCAACGAGCGUGAUCCCUCGAGUCAUCUCACUUCUACUCAAUGUCUGCAAAUCUGGCGGGGUCUGUAUGUCGCGCUGUACAUGCAUGACAGCAAAAGCGCCAUUUCAGUGCAAAAUCUCACUGCCGAACUCGCUGGGAUGCUCAACACAAUGGCUUCGAAAGAUGCCGACGUCCAAAGUUCUAGCGACCAACCUUAUUCCUGGCUGGACACCUGGACGACUGCCUUUUGGGAGACCAUCUGCCGAGAAUGGAGUUCAAUCGAUCAGUGGCGCAUGAACAAAGUCUUACUGCUUGUUCGAUUCUUUCUGAGAGACUUGUUCAACCUCACGUUGAUGUCGGCAUGUAACGACGCUUCGGCCACGAUGCCUGAGUCAAAAGAUAUGAUCUCCGGACAAAUCCACAUUCUCGAAUCAUGGCCGCUCAGUCCUCGCGCGCGUAAAGUGCCAGACGGCUUAAGGCUUCAUGUCCUCGAUGUCUGGGUUGAUGAACUCACAAGCCAAAUCAACGCGGUACAGAAGGAACUCUCACACUCCGACGACAGCAACACAGAAACAAUCGAGAAUGUUUGCUUGAACGUCGCCAAAAGCUUCAUGGUGCCACUCGAAAAAGUGAGCCGAGAAGCCUUGAGCAAGGGCGUGAAAAUAAGGGCCAGAGAAGCACUUAAAGUCUUUCAAGAACAAUUCCCAUCAUAACCAAAUGAGACCUGCAAGAUGGUCAGAAUGCACUAAAUUGUCAUACCACGAAAUCAUGGGAUACCUGCAAGCUCGACGCCGAAUAUAGCAAGAUAUGCAAACGGUGAGCCGCUUGCAUCAUUCGAGCUACCUACCUUCUAGGUUGUCUGACGAAUGGCCAAAAUUGGAUUGUGGACAGCUAGAAGCUGUGCCGCAUCACAACAUACUGGCCAGUCAAAUUCACUGGCACACACGCGGCCGCUUUCAAAAGUGGAACGUGACUUUGACCAUGAACUGAGCAUAUUUUGUUCAAGCCCUCAAAAGGUUUGGCCGGGCUUGUUCAAAGUGGAUGGGACCGCGGUAAAAGGUUAGAGUAUCUUCGGAAAUGAUACCCCCUUAUGU